AUGUUCGUUCUCAGUGCCAUCGUUGCCCUAUUCGCUGCCUCUGCGUCGGCCGUCCCGGCUCUGAACACUCGUCAGACGGGUGCGUCGUGUGCAGGCCUCUCUAGUGGCUCCACCGACACCCCGGCGUACAACUUCACGCUCACGGCGCUCAACACCACGCUGCCCAACACCAACGCCACCGGAGCACCGCUCGUCCUCGGUUGGGGCCCUGCCGGAUCGAGCCCCGCUUCGAGCGACUGGGUGAUCUCGACGUACGCGGAAUGGCACUCCAACGAAUGGCCGUAUUUCUCCCUUCAGAGCGGUGCACUGUAUCCCAUCCCGGGUCCAGACGAGGAAGGUCUGGGGGCGUACGACUACGACAUCGCCUCCGGGGCCGCGAUCGGAUUCUACGUGCUCCCCGCUGAGAGCGGCCGGGACAACCCUGAGAUCUACUGCGCCGCCUCGCGCAACGGCAACACCCUGUUGGCAGUGAACAACGACGCGGACAGCUUCUCGCUCUGCCAGGCGGUCCCGAACCCCUAUCCGAACAACAUCCUGGUGUGGCAGGCGAAAGCAGACAACAGCGAUGUCUACGAUUUCAGCACCUGCUACGGCGUGCAGGUCUUCCUCUUCCCGUAUGAUGAUUAA